CCGGUUACGACUUACAAGACUUGCUUCAGGACCCGCUUGUCUGACCCGCUUUUAAAAUGGCGGGAGAGGCGAAGAAGUUUGAUGUGGUGGUUGUUGGCUCUUGCAUGACAGAUCUCGUGAGGUUGGAUACGAGGAGACGUUAGAAUGUUCAUGAAUAGGUACGUGGAUUGUUAAUUUAUUUAACUGAGUCGAUCUUACUUUUUUCUAGCUAUGUUCCUCGGCUCCCUAAAGCUGGCGAAACCAUUCAUGGUGAUAAGUUUGUGAUGGGGUUUGGAGGAAAAGGUGCGAAUCAGUGUGUGAUGGCAGCUCGGCUAGGAGCUAAAACUGCAAUGGUUGCCAAAGUGAGUACAAUACAUUUAUCUUCCUGACGAAGAUGAAUGCAAUAUUUAAUAUAUGAAUAUGCAAGAUGCAGUCAAAAUAAAGUUGUACGCGCCGGUGAGCUAACACGCUCGGCGCACGUUAAAAUAGUGCUGUGUGUGUUUCUCUAAUUCAGGCUCCUAUUUCUAAUUUCGUUUUGUUAACUGCGCUGUUUUACAUAAAAUGUUGAUAAGAAUGCCAGGAAGUGAUUUCCCUGAUCAUCGGGUAUUGUGCGGUACAUUUUUCCAUUCAAUAGCAUUUGUGUGUUUAGUAUAAACCUUCUAAUUAAAAUGAGCGGAUCAAUAUCUAUGUAGAUUUCAAUCUGACUUGGCUUGAGUUCUUGUUUAUAAUAUUACGGAUCGGGUGAAGUUAUGCGCUUGAAUGUUUCGCAUUCAAGCUCUUUAUAUCAAACACUAAAAAGUGUUCUAGAAAAAGGUAUGAUUUAAAAUGACUAGGUGUUAUUUAAAGUACCAGUAAAUCGAAUGUAUAAGUUAAAUUUUGUAACAUAGCUCGAAUCGUGCAUCUCAACUCGGAAAUAAUUGGGAAUUAGUGCGAUAAAUUUGUAAAUAGCCAGAAAUCAAAACCGCACAAUGCGUUAAUCUUUCUUUUUUCCAAAUUCCUUGCUAUAGAUAAACCGGUUUGUGAAACCAUACUAAGUAUUUAUAUUCAAAUGCUGUUUGUAUCAAAGCUACAAAGUAACUCUGGGAUAAGUCAUUUGUUUAUACGAUACGUUACAGAAACUGUGUUGUGCAAAAUAAAAAUUGUACAAUGAAGAAACAUUCCUUUCACAACUGAUCAAUAAAUGAUGCUGUUUCCUUUGGCUUCAGUCAUUAAUCUUCUGUUUCUCAUGGUAGUAAUAUAAUUGAUUGCUCGAAAACGUCAGUGAUUCUUUGUGAGUACACUUCAUUUAAAAUGCAAAUGUUUUAGCUCCAGCCGAGCAGCUGUCGCGCAGACUGAGGAAAAUUGAAAAAUUGAGUACCCUUUGGACUCAAGUGCCUCCGUUCUAAAAGGGACCAUUGAAUGUUUGCCUUGUUGCUUGAGUGUCAAUGAAGUUGACAGAAAGAAUGUUCGUUAUAACAGAGAUGACUAAGCUAAUGUCCUUUCCACCAAAUUUAAUCAUUUUCAGUGUUUAGCGUUUAGGUGACAAAUAUUUGAAAUCAUUGUAAUCGAUCCUUGUUUGAAAUGUUUUAAUUUAUUUCCCCAAUCUCUAACAAAAGAGUGAAAUUUUGAAAAGCUCUUCCUUUGGAAUCUAGGCUGUUUACGGAGGCUUCCUGUGGUUGUAAUUCAACCCUUUGUUGAUGUGUAUUUAAAUGGGAUAAGAAAGUGGCACGACCUACUCAGUGUUGGUGUAUUUAAAAUAUUAUUUUUGUUCCCACAAUGAAUCUGUUGAUUAAUCUAGAGUAAACAUUUCAGAAGAUAAUCUAAUUUUGCUUUAAUUAUUGAAACAUAAUCUUUUAAUAUUUAUAAUUGCACAGUUGUCAACACAGCCAUUUGUCUACUUAAAUUUACUGACAGAAGGAAAUUCUUACUUUUAUCUGUUAGGCUUAUGCAAGGAUGUAGCGAAAGUUUUUAACAGGCAGGAAUCUCGCAAUGAUAGCAUAGUAUAAGGAUAUUAUAGGGAGAAGCUACAUGCUUAUCACCUCUGGGAGUUAAAGGGUCAAAUGGAGUUAAAGGGUCAAAUGGUAAAAGAUGGUUAAAGAAGUGAUUCAAAAUAGAUUCUCAUGCACACUUUAUUUACGUACUUUCAUGAGGAAAGGAGAACAGGAUCUUGACAUAAAACCAAAGUAGCAAUUCUCUUUUUAAGCCGUGGCAUUCCUUUGUGAGUGAGUGAAGAGAUUCUAGUGUUAAAUUAGAAUAAUAGUAUAUAGUGAGGUGAUGAGUUUGGCUAUUCUCAUCACCUUCUGGUUAGAUAAGGAACUGGUGAUUAAAGGAGAAAUGAAAUGGUGAUCACCUGGUAGUUACAGAGUUUCGUGAAUCUUUAGUUUUAAAGGAAAUAUAAAUCUUGCUGUAUUUUUAUAGUGCUUCCUCUGUGAUUUUGUCUUAGGUUGGUGAUGAUUCUUUUGGACAUCGAUAUAUUGAAAAUUUUAAACAACAUGAAGUCAACACAGGUAAGCACAUGGUUAGAAAGUAGUUGGAACUUACUUGUUGCCAAGAUCAUUUCAAUUCUCCCUGGAGUUAGUUAGAAUUAACAUGUUGAUCAAGUGCUGGGAGACGGAAUUCCUGAUUUAUUCAGUUUAAUUUAUUUAUUACCUUCUUGUAGAUCAUGUGGGAAUCACUAAAGAGGCUGCUACUGGAGUUGCUCCUAUCUCAGUGAAUUCAAAUGGUAACUGAAUUAGAUUUGUGUAAUGGUAGUAAUGUUAUAUUAUGAAGCUACAUGUAUACUUGAGUCUUGAGAUAGACAUCUUGAAAACACUUGUCAUUAGAUUUAGCAAAAUAAUAUUGACUCUGAAGACUAACCUUUCUGUUCGUUGGACUCAAGUUUGUUAUGGAUGGUUGGCAUUGAUCAACAAUUGACAACCUUCGUGAUGUAUGGUAUUUCUAUGAUGAGGGUUAAGUCUGUACUCAAACCUAUUGGCCCACCCAGCCAGAGCUUAUCCCAGUUCCCAUGAAACAUGAAGUGACGAGGAGUAUCACUACUCCCCCCUAGAAGGGAUGCUAGUUCAUGUAGAGGUUCCCCCCCCAUAGUAUUUCAUCAGGCUUCCCUGACAAUUUGCUGUUACCCAUUUAUACUCCUGGGUAGAGAGCGGCACUGUGAGGGUAGAGUGUCUUCCCAAGAAGACAACACAUUGACCUGGUAAAAGUGAAGAACAGUUCCCAAAAGAUACUGCCAGUUGGCCAACUGUCGGCAGACAGUUUUUGUUAUGUUUCAGGCCAAAGUUUUGGCUGACUGUUAGCCAACACUCGGCCGACAGUUGGUAACCUGUUGGCCACUUGUCAGUAACCUGUUGGUGGGUCGUAAACUGAAAUGAUUGUAAACAUUUACCUAUCUAUUGCUUCUAAAACUACAUAAAAAGGGGAAAAAUCAUUUCAAAAAGAUAUCCAGCACUGUACUCUCAGUAGCUACUAUGGCUUUUGCCUACUUUUUUAAAUUGGCUUGCAAACUUUCCCAAAUUGGUUUGAUUUCAUCUAUCUGCCAUAUUGAAAAUUUUUUCUAGUUCCAAAUUCCCUAAAUGCACUGCCUCCAAAACCCUUUUAAGAAAGUCUUUAUUUGGCUAGAACUAUUUGGCCUGUUAGUUCAUUCACUUGCAAAGUGGAGAAAACAAACUAUUUUGUGUACAAACAAGGAUAUAAGAAAUAGGUACUAAAUUUAGUACUUGAUUUUGGUACUUAAGGUCGGGAGAUAGGUUAAAUAAGCUUGUUUUACCAUUUAAACAGAAUCAAGUAGAUAGGUACAAACAAUGCAAUCGACAUGUUUCUAUUUACUGUUUUCAACUGGAAGAGUUUUGACUCUGUUUUCAGUCAAUUUUUGGUCUACUUAACACUGUGGGUGGACUGUUGGUAAUGUAUCCAUAACCUGUCAGCGGACAGUUGACUGACAGGUUACCAAAAGCCAAAAAUGGGAACCUUUGUUCACUAUUACCCAUUGACCCAGCCAGGUCUCUUGCUCAGACCUAUCAACCUGGGGUCCAGUGCACUGACCAUCAGGCCCCUGCUGUUUCUAUAAUGCUACCAAAAAUGAUAUGUAGGGUACGUAAGAUUUAAGACAAUCUUUCCCCACUACAUUUAACUUUAAAUACCUCACUGAAGGUAUGCUGCAUUUACAGGUGAAAAUUCUAUUGUCAUUGUCAGUGGAGCUAAUGAUAUUCUGUCAGAAGAGGAUGUUAAAAGAGCAAAGUCUGUUAUAUCAUCAGCAUCAGUUUGUGUUUGUCAGCUGGAAAUUAAUCCAGAAGUAACACACUACACUUUAUCUCUUGCAAAGAAAAAUGGAGGUCAGUAUGAGUUUGUGGGAAAUUCCUUCAUAUAGUCAAACCUCUCGGCAACAACCUCCUUUUCCUUCUACACCCUAACAUCAGUUUGCAAGCUCUCCAUACUGUUCUUGAUAUAUUACCCAUGGUAUUUACAAGGUGAUUUUGCCCAAUAAUCAAGAGCUUCUUCACCUCUAAUGCCAGAUGAAGGGGUCUUGGAGUUCUUCCUGAUGAAAUAUUUAUCAACCCCUAUCAGUGACUAACUUAAUGCUGUUUUUUAUGCUUGCAGUACAAACAAUAUUCAACCCUGCACCAGCUCUGUCAUGGCUGGAUUAUUUUUAUUAUGCUCUUAGUGAUGUAUUCUGUGCAAAUGAAAGUGAGGUAAUAAUAAUGAUAACAAAAAUAUCAAGUCUAAAUUGUAGAUUGCAGAAACAUAGUACAUGAUUUCAUCAUUUUCAAGUGCAUGUUAGAAUUUCAGGUUAUGUUGUGCAUGUCACCAGGCACUUGAAUUAACUCGAAGCAAAAUUUUUAUUUUCAUUUAACCUGUUCACUUCCAAGAUCUCAUUUAUUUAGUCAUUCUCUUUACUGUCUGCUAUGUUCUUUUUAUGUAAGUUUGAUCUGUAGGAGACAUUACUUGUCUUCAGUUCUACAUAGUCUUAACCUAAAAAGGUACUCCUGUUCGGUGCAGCUUUCUAUUUUUAAUAGUGCACUUUAAUUUGAUGGUGUUCUUCUUUUCCCCCAUGGCUUUACCGUUUGUUUUGUAAAAGGUAGAGAUGGUUACACCCCAAGGAUUCCAUCUUGUUUCUAACCUGCAGUUAGGGGUUAAUUUUUGCAGGGAGCACGAUCAUGUUGCAAGGGGGAGGGAAGGAUGAAAUGAAACAAAAAAAUGCUUUUUUUUGCUGCCUGACCUCCUGUUUGCCUUGCUACAUUGUCAAGCUUAAAAAAAUAGAACCCCUGGGACUGUUUGCAGGCAUCCUUCUACACUCAACUUUAGUGGAGAGCAUGCAUACAGUGAGAAUGUAGUGUCUUGCUGAGAACUCCUGCUGACCCAGGCUAUGUCUCUUAGCAAGAAGUUUUGAUGUGGACUCCAGCAUGCAAGACAUCAGAUCCCCCCACCUUUCAUCUCAUGUACUUUGCAACUAAGACCUCAUUGGCAGUAACUUCUAUUGCAGGCUGAACUGCUAACAGGAUUAUCAGUAAAAACUAUAGAAGAUGCAGAGAAGGCUGUCAUCAUGAUAUUGGAGAGAGGGGCUCGUAGGGCAGUUAUCACACUUGGCAAUAAAGGCUCUGUCAUUGGAACUAAGGAAAACCGCAUACCCAAACACAUUCCUGUUACAGCAGUGGAACCUGUGGAUACCACAGUAAUGCUGAAUAUUCAAACCUUUCAUACCAGGAACUUUCCAGAAGUAGUCACUGUUUACACCCUACCAUCAAUAAACAUGUUCUGCCUUCUGUUCUCUUUACAUUUUAUAACGUUUCGAUAAGGAGAGUUUGCUUAGCAAUCAAGAGUAUGUGCACUUCUGAUAGAUAGAUAUAGAUGUGUUUUAUCUUGGAUUUUAACCAACCAAAUACAAUCAAUGGGUAUGUUAGAGUUAAAUUCUUAUUUUCAGAGGUUUCAUUGAGAAAUUUGUUAACAGGAGAACACUUAAUAUAAACUGGAGUAUAUACUCUCUGUCUCUGAAUAGAAAUGAGCUCAAAUCCCUGAAAUUUUUGUUCUUUUUUCAUGUGGCAGUUGUAGAAUUCUCUAGUCUUCUGUGCGCAACACCCUCAUUUUGCAGUUCCUUUAAUUUAUAAUGUCCAUUUUCACUGCAAGUUACACCCUUGACAUUUUUUUUUUGGUCUUGUUUAGGGAGCUGGAGAUGCAUUCAUUGGGGCUCUUGCAUUUUACAUGGCAAAAUUCAAGGACCUCCCUUUUGACGAGGUUGUUAGGAGAUCUGGCGAAAUUGCCAGAGCAACUGUGUUAGCUGUGGGUACACAGUCUAGCUAUCCUACUAAAAAAGAACUGCCAUCCUCUCUGUUUAGCAACACUGUUUCAAGGGACAGAAUAUCCUCAACAUAAAACUUUUAGCUACUUUCAACAAAUCUUAAAUUAAAAAUAUUACUAUUUUUUAAAAUUAUUGUCAUGUGAAUGACUCCAAAUAUACCUGUCUGAGGUGUAAUAUGAAUGAAACAAGAACACUACAUUUAUGAGUGUUAGGAACAAACUGAAGAGCAUUAUACAAAACAGAUGGGUUGCAAGUCCAUUGUAAGAACUGAAGUCAACCCUGUAAUUUUCAUGAUCUGAUUGAUAAUUCUCUCCUAUUGCUGCUAGACAUUUCCUUUAAAUUAGUUCUGAGAAUUUGGUGUUAGAUCAAGAUAACAGUUUCUACCCAAUAAGUUUGAGUAUUCUCAUAACCUGUUUGCUGGAUAAUGUAUGGAUGUUAUAGGGAGAAGUUACAUGUUAAUCACUCCUGGGAGUCAAAGGGCAACUACGCAUCUGUAAUGUUACAGCUUUGUCUAAUUGUUGGCCCCAAAGAUGAAGUUUGUGCAAUAAUUUAAGGCUCCACUCCUUUUUGUUGCAUAGAUUGAUCACUGCUAUUGUUAUGAUAAUUCCUUUAGAAAUACAAGUAAUCAACUUGUAUACUUACGAGCACACUGUUAUUGUGGAUUAAAAAAUUGGAGAAAUGAAGAUAUUUGGUGUGCUGAUGCAUGGCAUUUAAGCAAGGUAUAAUUUUUGUGCUACACCAACAAGUAACUCUGUAAUUUUUUUUGUAGAAAGAAUUUAAGGAAAGAUUAAGCAUGUUAUAACCAAUAUGGUGACUCACUGUUGCCUGUUACUGCUUUUGUGUAAACUACUAGUGAGCAACCUUUUUCUUGAAACCUUCUAAAAAAAACCCUGUUAUCUGGCACAACAAACCAAUUAAAAGCUGUUGGUCAGUAAUAUUUUGUUUGAGAAUGGACAAUAAUGGAAAAAGUAUCUAAUAACUUUUGUCUUCCUUUACUGAUAUAUGUUUAUUAUUUACAUUAGGAAUUGAAUUCUUGUACAGUAAAUAUCAGAAAAUGACCAUCAGUAGUAAUGUUAAUAGUGACAAAUAUCUGCAAGGUUACUUGUGAGAUUGCCAUUGGCUGGGUAUAUUCUGAUCCAUCAACUACCUUUGUACUCAAACCCUUAAACUCCCAAGAUUUGCUUUUUAACUCUCCAACCAAUCUCCAACACAUUUCCUUGUAAAUACACAGUGAGAAUUUGGUGUUGAAUCAAAAUAAAAACUUCUACCUGAUAAGUUUGAAUAUUCUCUUUACCUGUUUGCUGAAUGGUGUAUGGAUGUUGUAGGGAGACUUUACAUUUUUAUCACUUCUGGGAGUUAAAGGGUUAAAAGUAAUCACAAGCAAUUUUAUUGGG